UGCAUCACGCGUCGGGCGUGGCAAUGUUUCCAGGGCCAGCGAUCAGCCUUGAGCUGCAUGCACUGGGCGAGCUUGGGCGCAACGCUCAUAUAAGCGAGGUAUCAGAAACGAGCUCUAGGCUGGCAGCAUAGUAGACUGGCACACGUGACCAUAUUUAUGUCCCGCGGCUGCCGCAGACAGCGACAGCGCUGCAAGAGUGCGAGCCGGGUGGCAUAGAAACCUCAAGCCUGCCGAAACAUCCUACCCUCUCCCCUCAUUCGGAGGGAGCUCACUCGUCACUUUGCGUUCAGACCAUGCAUCUGCACGGUCACGGCGACCAAAAGGUAGCGAUUACAAAACAAGCCAUCCUGCUAUCCGAUCUGCCACGAGCGAUCUAAGCUGCGCUCCUCGACCCGCGCUUCCACAAUGCCGCGCUUAGAAUCGACGCUAGGAGACUCAGCUAACCCACGGAGCUACCUACGAGACUGCAGAUCCCUUCUAUCAUGGAAUGGCUCCGGCGUUGGCCGGCGGAAAGAGCUGCUUAAGUCGAUCUUACUGCGAAGUGUCCGGAUCAAGCUAUCGGCAGAUGAAGCGUCAAUCUUACCUCUCCGACUACGACCGGCGUUCAUCGUGCUGAACGUGCUAGACUUGGUGUUGCUUGGCUUUCUAGGCUUUCAUCCUAAUGCGAGAGACUACGUCGCCAUUAACGACAAGAUUCUGCAUUUUCUGUGUUUCUUUAUUGCGACAGCGUUGUUCUAUUGCAUAUUCGACGUCGAUGACUCUGCCCGUCGAUAUUGGUUCUGGAGACACGCUUCCCUUUACCUCACAUUCGUCACAUGCUUCGUAGUCGGUUGCAUUGGCUCCGAAAUCGUACAAAGCUUACUACCCUACAAAAUUUUUCAAUGGGGUGACGUGAUCGCGAAUCUGUGCGGCUCUGCGCUCGGUCUCCUCGUGUCGUACCAUGCCGAAGCGCGGUACCGAGUGCGACGCGAGAUCGAGCGCCUAUAUCAGCCGCUAGACGCAGAGGACUACGGAGACGAAGACGAGGAUGACUUUGGAGCUGACUUGGAGAGCGGACGAGCAUCAGAUCCGCGAGGACAGCCAGGUGACCCCGCCCUCGCGCCUGUAUCUGCAUCAGAAUCAAUAUCGAAGCAGCAGGCAGCCAACACCGCGUCAAUCGAAACUCCCCCUGUCCCGCAACCGUUCUCGAUCGCCGGGGAAGACGAAGAGUCGGAGCAGGCACAAGAAGCUUGGUCGGAACAGCGCGAUACGACAUGAUGGAUCCUACCUUGUCUGCACAUGCUAGAUUGUUUUCUUUCAGCGGGGUGCUAGAGAACAAGUCGGCUCGUUACGCAGAGCAAUCAUUCUCCCUCUCGAUGGCGCGGCGUCCAGGUCGACAGUGAAAGAUGGCAUUCCAUCAGCGCCCCGUAUGCUAAAAUUUACGUGCGAUCCGAAUGCCGUGGCAGAGGCAGUGAAGCGUGACCACUGGCUUGCGUACUUUCGCCAUGCUCUUCUGGAAUAGCUCGGCGGCAGGCUUGUGGGUCGUCAGGGGACAGGUGCCGCGUUCUCCGACAUUUCGAGAGCACAAGGUCGGUACAAGUAAAUAUGUUCUGUCAAUUGUAUGUAUUGCCAUUAGCGCGCAAGACUGAAUUAUACAUGUGAUCGAA